GCCCGCGGGCGACGACAGCAGCUCCGGGCGUCCCGGCUCCCCGCGCUGCCGCCGGCGGCCCCAGCUGCGCCCGCCCCGCCGAAGUUCCUCGCCGUGGCCGGGCCGGGGCGGCGGGAGCGGGUCUCCCCGCAGGGAGGAAGGCGGCCGCCUUCCGGGCCGGGAGAGCCGCCUCCCGCGGGAGCGCACGAAGCCGGAGCCGCCGCCCAGCAGGAAUUCCUUGGAGCCUGCCCUGGGAAUGGACAGCCACCUCCAUUUUUGGAGGAGAGUAGUACCAAUUGAAGAGGCCUUUAAGGCAAGUCAAAAAGUGUGCUGAUACUCUUAGAAGAGUAAAGGGAAGAGACAAUCUUCUAGGCCAACAGCCAUGCCUUUCGGGCUGAAACUACGACGGACCAGACGCUACAAUGUCUUGAGCAAGAACUGCUUUGUGACACGGAUCCGUCUGCUGGACAGCAAUGUCAUCGAGUGCACUCUCUCUGUGGAGAGCACAGGGCAGGAGUGCUUGGAAGCUGUUGCUCAGAGGCUGGAAUUACGUGAGACACACUACUUUGGCCUUUGGUUUCUCAGCAAGAGCCAGCAAGCCCGCUGGGUUGAACUGGAAAAGCCUCUGAAGAAGCAGCUGGACAAAUUUGCCAAUGAGCCUUUGCUUUUCUUCGGGGUAAUGUUCUAUGUGCCCAGCGUUUCCAGACUGCAACAGGAGGUAACAAGAUAUCAGUAUUACCUACAAGUGAAAAAGGACAUUCUUGAUGGCCGAUUGCGUUCUUCACUGGAGCAGGGAAUUCGACUAGCUGCUUUAGCAGUGCAAGCGGAUUUUGGAGACUAUCAUCAGUUUGAAUCUCAUGACUUCCUCCGAGAGUAUGUCUUGUUUCCUAUGGACUGGACCCAGGAUGAAGCUGUCCUGGAGGAACUGACUCAAAAGGUUGCACAGGAACACCGAACACACAGUGGCAUUACAGCAGCAGAGGCUGAGCUAAUGUACAUCAAUGAAGUGGAACGCCUUGAUGGGUUUGGACAGGAACUGUUCCCUGUGAAGGAUAAUCAUGGAAAUGACAUACACCUCGGUAUUUUCUUCAUGGGAAUCUUCAUAAAAAACAGAAUUGGAAGGACAACUGUGAUCUAUAGGUGGAAUGACAUUGGGAAUAUUGCACAUAACAAGUCUUCAAUUAUUCUAGAGCUGAUCAACAAAGAGGAGAAUGUGCUCUUUCACACAGAUGAUCUUGAAAAUGCUAAAUAUAUCUCACGAUUGUUUGCAGCAAGACAUAAGUUUUACAAACAGAACAAAAUCUGCACAGAACAAUCAAGUUCUCCUCCCCCUAUCCGACGACGGCCCACUUGGAGUAGAUCAUCUUUGCCUAGACAACAUCCAUUUAUACUGCCUCCUAUGCAUGUCCAGUGUGGAGAUCACUACACUGAAACACAUAAUUCACAAGACAGCAUUUUUCAUGGAAAUGAAGAAACCUUCUACUGUAGGUCUCAGACCAGCUUGGACAGGUGUCCAGUGGACUUCAGCUACUUGAAUGGUAAUGGACCCAAUGGGAGCGUAUGCAGCGCACACAGCAUGAACUCCCUGAAUCGCUCACAGAACUUCAUUCAGGCAUCUCCAAUGUCCUCAAACCUGAGCAUCCCUGGAAGUGACAUCAUGAGAGCAGACUAUAUCCCCAGCCACAGACAUAGUGCAAUCAUAGUCCCGUCUUACCGACCGACUCCAGAUUAUGAAACUGUCAUGAGGCAAAUGAAGAGAGGAGUGAUCCAGAUUGAUAGCCAAAGUCAGUCUUUGAGGAAUCUCAAUAUUGGAAACACGCAUGCUUACAACCAGCCAGAAGACCUAGUUUACAGUCAACCUGAGAUUCGAGAGAGGCAUCCUUAUACGGUCACUUACGGGCCUCAGGGUGGUAGCUACAACAAGCCUGUUACGCCCUCUGACCAAAUGAACCCUAACAGUGCUGUGCAGAAUAAGACAGCAGCCAGUGCCAUAUCACACACGGUCAGCACACCGGAACUGGCUAACAUGCAGCUGCAGAGCAGCCAGAAUUACAAUACUGCUCAUAUGUUAAAGAACUAUCUCUUCAGACCCCCGCCUCCGUACCCGCGCCCACGUCCUGCCACCAGCACACCUGACCUUGCAAGCCACCGGCACAAGUAUGUCAGCGGGAGCAGUCCGGACUUGGUCACGCGUAAAGUCCAGCUCUCGGUAAAGACGUUCCAAGAGGACAGCUCGCCGGUCGUCCGCCAGUCGCUGCAGGAGGUCAGCGAACCCCUCCUUGCAGUGAAGCACCAUGCGGCUGUGAACAAGCGCCACAGCUUGGAAGUCAUCAGCAAUAUGGUACGUGGUAUAGAAGCCAUGGCCUUAAAAACUUUAAAUGCUCCUCUGCCACGCAGGAACACCUUGCGGGAGCAGGUGCAGCCGGAAGAGUCGGUUCAGAUGGGGCAUGAAGUUCAACAGGUUCUUCAUUACCAUCACAAAAAGACCUUCUCUGAUGCCACAAUGCUGAUACACAGCAGCGAAAGUGAAGAGGAAGAAGAAACCGCAAAGUCUGUGUCACAGAUAAGAGCCCUCCAUGAGAACAUGAAGUACAGUGCUCAGUUGCAAGCUGCCUUGGCUAGAAUACCAAAUAAACCUCCUCCAGAAUAUCCCGGGCCUCGUAAAAGCGUCAGCAACGGAGCCUUGAGGCAGGACCAUAUUAGUGCUUCCGUGGCCGUAGCCAGGGCCAAGGCCAUGAGGCCAGGGCCUUCCAAGGCCAUCAGUGUGUCUCGGACAGAUCAAGUGGCAAUAAAUGGGUCCUCGCUCGGGCCCUCUAUCUCAGAGCCUGACCUCACAAGUGUAAAGGAGAGGGUGAAGAAAGAACCUGUCAAGGAAAGACCUGUGUCUGAAAUGUUCUCUAUUGAGGACAGCAUUAUAGAGAGAGAAAUCAUGAUGAGGAAUCUAGAAAAGCAGAAGAUGGCAGGCCUGGAGGCCCAGAAGAGGCCCUUGAUGUUGGCAGCACUGAAUGGACUUUCGGUUGCUAGGGUUCCAGUGCCGGAGGACAGCCAGGAUGAAGUAGCCAAGGUGCCAAUGGAUGAGAGGUGCAAAAUCUUGAAGAGGAAGUUGGAAGAGGGGAUGGUGUUUACAGAAUAUGAGCAGAUUCCAAAGAAAAAGGCAGAUGGGAUCUUCACCACUGCUGUCCUGCCUGAAAACACUGAGCGCAACCGCAUCAGGGAAGUUGUUCCUUAUGAGGAGAACCGAGUGGAGCUGGUGCCGACCAAAGAAAAUAACACAGGCUAUAUCAAUGCUUCACAUAUAAAGGUUACUGUAGGCGGAGAGGAGUGGCACUACAUUGCUACCCAAGGACCUCUGCCACACACGUGCCAUGACUUCUGGCAGAUGGUAUGGGAACAGGGGGUGAAUGUUAUAGCCAUGGUCACAGCUGAAGAGGAGGGAGGAAGAAGUAAGAGUCAUCGUUAUUGGCCUAAACUGGGCUCUAAGCACAGCUCAGCCACUUAUGGGAAGUUCAAGGUGACAACCAAGUUCCGCACAGACUCCGGCUGCUAUGCAACCACUGGUCUGAAGGUCAAGCAUCUGCUCUCUGGAGAUGAGAAGACAGUGUGGCAUUUGCAGUAUACUGAUUGGCCAGACCAUGGAUGUCCAGAUGAAGUUCAAGGCUUUUUAUCUUACUUAGAGGAGAUACAGUCAGUGCGUCGCCACACCAACAGCGUGCUGGACAGCAGCAACAACUGCAACCCUCCUAUCGUGGUUCACUGCAGUGCAGGGGUAGGAAGGACUGGAGUGGUUAUCCUAACAGAGCUGAUGAUUGGGUGCUUGGAGCAUAAUGAAAAAGUGGAUGUCCCUGUGAUGCUGAGACACCUGCGGGAGCAGAGAAUGUUUAUGAUCCAGACCAUAGCCCAGUACAAAUUUGUCUAUCAAGUGCUCAUCCAGUUCCUGCAAAACUCGAGACUUAUUUAAUCUCUUCAAACAUCUCAGAGCCAGCUUUGUGGAUCUGACUGAACCUUUCUGAUGAAUGAGGGGAACUGCCUUGACAACACAGUGUGCAAUCCAUGUUGCACUUUUUAAAGCUGUCUUGAAAGUAAGGAAUUUGUUCUUUACUAGAGUCUCCCAUGGAUUAUUUUAUAGAAGAUAUAAUUUAUUUUUCUUAGAAUAAUUUGUGAAUUACUUUAGUAACUUUUAAAACUUAUGGUGAGAUUUGAAUUGAACUAUAUUUGACAUGACUGGUCUGCAUUGUAACAUGUCCGUAGGGAAAGCAAUCCUUCAUAAAUGUAGAAUACUGGCUUUAUUUUACUACACAAUUUCUGAAAUGAACAGUUAUUUGGCAGCAGGCGUCUUCUUACCUAAGAACAUUCUGACCCAGAUGUGUAGCUUCUGUGAUUUAAAAAGAAAAAGGACAGACCUGCUAGAUGUCAAGUACAGUUCUAUACGAAUGGAAGCGGAGGACACGCUGUCCUGGGACAGGGAGACCUAAGCCUCUGCACAUGCAGGGCACAUUACAGAGGGCUCAAGCACAGGCUGUUGUGAGGGCAGAGAAUUUGGGUGCUGAACUGUUCAAAUUCCAUGAGAAUUUGAGAGUUUUAGAUCAGUCCUUAAAAAAGCAAUAUUGGAUUUUUUAAAUUAAGCCUUUGCUAUUUGUGGUCCUUGAAGGGAUUUGUGUAAGAGUUGAAGCAGUAUUAGAAAACUGACCAAGAGCAGGGUGAGACUCUUGCAUCUUUCCUGUAGAUAUGGGUUGAGCAGUAGAGGGGUUUCAACUACAUGCAGCUGAAAAAAAAAAUAUAUAUGUAUCAGAUGAAGCAUCUUUUAUGAAUUGCACAGAAACUUUUAUUGCCUUGAUGGUCACCUUGUGUGGAAAAGGAAUCAAAUUCAAAUUGGACAUCUCCAGUCACCUGUCUUUGUUUCCUGUGUUUUCCUUGCUGUAGUUGUUGUAUUUUCUAGUCCACUGAUCUUUGUAAAAAUGAUCAAUACUGUUUUUAUUCUGUCCAGCAGUGAUUGUUGAGGGCUUUAAGUUAGAGUCUGCCUUGAUUGUUUCCCCAUCACCAUCUUGUGAUUUGUGCAUGUACCAAGCAGUUUUUUGGUAUUGUUAGGGUGUUUUUUGUAUUAAAUUGCACAAACCAUCUCUCUUCUCAGGCUGCUGUUUCAACACUGCUUGUCAUUUGGGUUCUCCCUUCUAUUUAUUAUUACUCUUUUAUCCUGGUAGUGUUCAGGGUUUCCAGUUAAGAUUAGGAGUCUGUUGUACCAGACAUUACAUGAGUACAUAAUGGACUAACAGUCCUUGCCUGAAGUUCAGAACAGAAAAGGGAAACAAAUGUACUCAUCUACUUCACAGCUAGAUUACAGGUUCUUAAAUGGCUUGCCCUGGCCCAAAAGUGAAGUUUAUGGUAGAGCUAAGAAAAAAAUUCACGUCCUGCAAGUAUUUCACUGGCCAGGCCUGUCCUCUGCUCUUUCUCCUCUUCUGUCCCUCAGUAUUCACCAGCUGUGUUGCACAACUUUGUGCACGAUCCUUUCUCCAGACUGUUUAUUUCAUUGGAGCAAAUCACAUUAUGAAUUACCUUGCAGCGUAUGCAUGGUAGCAAGUACUUAACAGUUAUUUAGAAGCGACAGGAACUGUAUUAAAAAAAAAAAAAUAGCCUUAACAAGUCAUGACGUAAUUCCCAC